CAAAGCAGUGAAGGCUAUGGUGGGUGAAGACGUACGCGGACCUCCAGCGAGCUCAUUCCCACUGUGACUGACCUGCAGCGGUGUAUCCUGUCCCGAUAAGAUGUCUGUGAACGAGGUGUACGUGUUCCGGCCCUUCAAGCUGAUCGCUCUGCUGUGCGUCUUCCUAGCGCUGUGUUUGGACGUGGUGGCUCUGCUGAGCCCAGCCUGGGUCACUGCGGAGCAUUUCUCCCUGUCUCUGUGGGAGUCCUGCUCCCAGUCCGAGACACGGCAUCCGACAGAGGAGGCUCCGUGGAGCUGCUUUUCCACCCUCACAUCUGACUGGCAGAUUGCCACCCUGGUGCUGCUGGUGACCGGUGCCGUGGCAACUCUGGUGGCCUUCCUGGUGGCCCUGAUUUCCCUCUGCCGGGGGACACAGAGACAGCACUACCGCACAGUGGCCGUGUUCCUCUUCACUGCAGUGGUUCUGCAGGCCUGCGCCCUGGUCCUCUACCCGAUCAAGUUCAUCGACGGAACAGUUCUUCAGACCUAUCACGAGUUCAACUGGGGCUACGGCCUUGGCUGGGGAGCCACCAUCUUCAUGUUGGGCGGAGGGAUCCUCUUCUGCCUGCGGACGGACAUAUACGAGGAUGCGAUGUACUGAGUCCUUUCUCAACCCUCCCCUCCCCUCCUCACACAUCAACAUACACACACACACAGAAUUCCCAUACAGGAAGUGUGCUACUUUUCUUCACUUCGAGCACAGACCCGUCUCUCUUUCUCUAUCUCUCUGUCUCUCUUGCUGUCUUGCUCUCUGUUAUUUUUAGACAGGUUGUGAAGGCCUAAUUUAGGCCAGGGCUUUAUGAAUAGGAGCCCCAUCACCCCUCCUCCCAUGCAGCCAGCGGGUCCCUCAGCCCUGCUGGUAUCAGGGAUGAGGUGGCAAAGCGCAGAGAGCUUUCUGGACAGGCACGAGCUGCCGAUGCUGGAUGUUUCCACCGCACGUUGACCUGGAUCUCUAUUGUUAGAGGAACAAGACAGUAGAUUCUCAGCACAGACCUGAAUGUGCAGUGACUGAACAUUUAAAGGGAUUGAUUAUCUCCACAUUUCCUUUUUUUUUAUUCUUUUUUGUAGCAUUUCACAAAGACAAGCUUGUUGUUAAUGUAUUUAUGGCAUUUAUAAAUAUUGAAAAACCUGAACUCCCCCCCCCCCCCCCCGUGUGUUCUAGCUGAAACAUAUCUAGUAACGCAAAGCCUUCUGGUUAUUAGAAGUGUAAAUUGGACAGCUUUGAUAUAUGCUAGAGCUCUCGAGUGUUUAUAGUUUGUUUGCAAACUCACACUAGUUUGUCUCAAAAUGAAAAAAAUGUAAAUGUGUACAAAGUAUUUCUACAUGAAGGAAAAUCCAGAAUAAACAUUGUAGUUUUGGGAGUAUUAGGAGUGUGAAUUUAUGUUGUUUUCAGUACUAUGGUGUGGCAUUCUGCAGCAAACUGACCUCUCACUGGAUUUUAAGAGCUGGGGCUUUAUGGGUGCCCCUUUUUUUGAACACCAAUGAGACAAAAAUGCAAAACACUUUCAUUAUCCAGAGCACACAUUCCUCAGAGGAAGCCGCCCCUGGAUAUUUAAAGAGAUAUCCCCAGGUUGUUAGUUUGCAGCUAGUUAAAGGUCCCACAUUAUGCUUAUAUUCAGGUUCAUUUUUGUAUUUUGGGUUUCUACUAGAACAUGUUUACAGAUUUUAAUAUUAAAAAAACCAAAACAUUAUUUUUCUCAUACUGCCUGCUUGAAUAGACCUGUAAUCACCCUCUGUCUGAAACGCUCUUUUUUUCUAUCUUUACAGAAGGUUUUACAUUGCGAGGCAAGAACUUGUUCGCUUCCUAUUAGUGAAUGUCAUUCAUAUACACUGAAAAGUAUCCCAGCAAGAAAUACAAAAGGACCUAUUUUUAAUGUUUUUGUUUCAAAUAGUCUGACAUCACAAAUUCACAGGAAUCCUUAUGGCUUGUUUAAAGGCACAUUUUCUGAAUGUGAACUGUAUGCAUUUACCUGUGGACUGUGCGUUUUGAUACUUUCACAUUAUGUAUAUAUCACCUAUACAUGUUUUAUUUGUAAAAAGACAUGGAAUCUGACUUUUUACUAUAUGGGACCUUUAAUGUGUGAAACAAGACACAUUUGUUGAACAUAAUGAGCAGCAUAAAACAUUUUAACACAAACCUCAAAACACAUUUGCUGCAGUUAAGAUUUAGAACUUCCUUGAAGAUUUUAAGUGUAUUUAAUAUACACAUUUGGGACAUUUUUACAACACCGCCACAUUAUUUUCUCAUUGCAAAUACUUUUUUUCCACUGCUGGCUGAAAUUGAAAUAACAGCAACCAUUUAUUCUGUUUUUUGGACCUUUUAGUUUUCGGAUCAUAAGAUAGCUGUAGGCAGUUUCUUGUGCUAAUGAAAGGCAAGUUUAAAAAGAUCUCCAUUACGUCCCUGGGUGUUUUGUGGGAAACAGGAGGCACUGUCACACCCGAGCAGCCUGGUGUGAAGUUUCCCUGCACACACACUUUCUUUACCCCCCAGAGUUCAAACUGCAGCAGCUGGUUAAAGAGUCUCGGGAAAGGGGGAAAAACAAACAAUUUACCCAGCUGCAACAGUGUGAAAACUCCCCAGCCGUGGACAAUAUUUUCACCCGAAUCAACACCAUAUCCAAAUUAACUGUGCCACGUCAACCUGACACUCGGUGUGAUGUGGUGUGUUGAGUGUGUGGGCUGCCGGGUCAGUGGUUGUCUUAUAAUAGCGGCGACCUCACGGGAAUUUUUCAAAUGUGACGCACGUGUUAAAGGUGACGUGAGUACAUGACAUGCUGGCAGAGAGGGCACACAGACGUGAUCACGUUACUUUUUUUUGGUCCCACGCACAUGUUAAGCAUGUUGUCUUUAGUUAAGCAUUGAGUGAAAGGUGUUUUGAUAGUGAGGGGAGACUUUGAACAAGUGAAACAUUGACUCUUAACAUUAAAGAAAAAAACAUUUAUUCUACUGUCGAAGAAUAUUUUCAACCUGUAAAGGAUACACACAGAACACCAGCUGAUCCAAAUCAUUUAAAAAUGUGAUUCCUAGAGCAAAUUCACUUUUAUUUGGCAAAGACGCUUUAGAUUAUGCACUUGCUUGUAAUUUUGGUGUGUUGUAUUAGGUCAAAGGUCAAGAUGGCAGUGGGUCUUUAUUCUCAGCACUCCACCCACGCAGUAAGCGCUCUCUUCUUGCAUUACAUGCAGCUACAUAGUGACAUGGAAUAUGCACUUGAACAAAAUGUUUUUCCAAAGCCAUGUUCAUGUUUUACACUAACUUAUUGAAGUGCCAUUUGCUUGUUUCCCCUGUGAUCUUGUUCUUGUCCUCCACCAUAAGCACCAAGUUUGACCCAUAGAUGUAUAAUAAUAACCACACCCACACUAUUCACUCUAAUGUUUUUACUCCACCUAGUGGUCAGACAUGAUAAUAUCCAGUGAGGCUGUAAGAGAGGUCAAAAACCAUGAGAGCCAAAGCUAAUGUUGGGGUUCUUUUUCUCACU